GGCAUCACUUUCAAUUCCACUAAUCCUCCUCCAGGAGGUAGCAAAAUCCGGAUAGUUUUCAAAUUUUUAAUAAAUUUUGAAAAGAAGGAUUUUUUUUACAAAUUUUGAAAAUCUGGGUAAAAUUUCCAUCAUGAAUUUAUUCGUGGUGGGAGUUGUGCUAAUUUUUGGGUGCCUCGUUCCUAUGGGGGAGGCGCAAACGGGGGUUAACUGCGGGACAAAAAAGCCAACUCUAAAGACAGGAGAAACUUAUUAUGUAAAUCAAAACUGCCCCCUCGGAAAGACCUACAACUGGCCGGGAAAUUCAACCAUGCAAGCGCAACACUGCCAUUGUUGGAGCUACUGCGGAUAUAUUUGCGAAUGUGAUACAUCCGCAGGAGGCGGGACCACAAAGAAAACUGCCCCCACAACGCAGCCAGCUGCGGCAUGCAAGAAUCCCCCAGUUCCGGCGGGAUGUUCAUGGGUGCCAAAUCCCGGUUGUACCAAAGGACCCACGUACGAUACACAAAAUCCCGCCACCCACUGCCACUGUUGGAGCCAUUGUGGGUACAUUUGCGAACCAAAAAGCGGCCCCGCCCCCGCCCCUGCAACAACACCGGCGCCUGCACCGGCAUGUAAAAAUCCCCCAGUUCCGGCGGGAUGUUCAUGGGUGCCGGAUAAAGGAUGUUCCAAAGGCGAUACUUACAAUACCCAAAAUCCCGCGGCUCACUGUCACUGUUGGGGGCAUUGUGGAUACAUUUGCGACCCGAAAAGUGGUCCCGCCCCCGCCCCGGGGACAACGCCUGCGCCUGCCCCGGCAUGUAAACAGCCCUCAAUUCCGGCAGGAUCUACAUGGGUGCCGGAUAAAGGAUGUUCCAAAGGCGAUACUUACACUACCCAAAAUCCCGCCACCCACUGCCACUGUUGGGGACAUUGUGGAUAUAUUUGCGACCCGAAAAGCGCUCCCGCCCCCGCAACGACGAGAGCACCUGCUCCCGGCACGACUCAAGGAGCGUGCAAAGCACCUCCUUCGGUUCCAUCGGGAUCCACAUGGGCUCCAAGUCCUGGCUGUCCCAAAGGCGAUACAUACAAUACGCAAAAUCCCGCCACCCACUGUCAUUGUUGGGGGCAUUGCGGAUACAUUUGCGACCCGAGAAGCGCUCCGGGUCCUGCAACGACUAGAGCACCUGCUCCCGGCACAACACAAGCUACAUGCAAAUCACCUCCUUCAGUUCCGUCGGGAUCGACAUGGAAUCCUGAUCCUACCUGCCCCAAAGGACCGACGUACAACACUGCAACGACACACUGUCAUUGUUGGGGACAUUGUGGAUAUAUUUGUGAUCCGAGGGCCGGACCCACAGCUGCUCCCGCAACGACCGUUAGAACAUGCCGAUCACCCCCAACUGUCCCGCCUGGCUCGAAAUGGGUUCCUGAUCCUAACUGCAAUAACGGACCAGUCUAUAAUCUCCCGACCAACCCACCGUUUCAUUGCCACUGUUGGGGGCAUUGUGGCUAUAUUUGCGAUCCUAGGGGUAGCACCGGAGCGGUAACUGGAAGCACUACAAUGGGAACGGGAUCAACUUCGAUGGGCACGGGUUCAACUACGUCCGCUACGGGAUCAACUACUGCCAUUACUGGAUCGACUACUGCUGCUACCGGAUCAACUACCGCCGCCACGGGAUCAACUACGGCUGCUACCGGAUCAACUACUGCCGCCACCGGAUCAACUACCGCCGCUACGGGAUCAACUACUGCUGCUUCCACGACAGGUGGAACUACUGGAACAACGGCGGGAUCAACGACCGGCGGCACAACAGGGACAACCGCUGCCACAACGGCGGGCUCAACAACCGGCGGCACAACAGGAACGACAGCUGCCACGACGGCUGGAUCAACGACUGCGGCGACAACUGUCGCAACAACGGCGGGAUCUACGACUGCUGCAACAACUGCGGCAACAACGGUUGUAACGGUGGCAACAACUUAAAGUUACCAGCAGCAAGUUAGGCUUCCACGGGAUCACUGUAAUUAAAUAACAGCUGAUUUGGCCGCCAUUUUAAAAACUAUUUUCAAUAUUUGCAUAUAAAUAUCAAUGUAGAGCAAAUUAUGCUUUAAUAAAAAGCGAGAGCAAUUCAAAUUUA